GAUAACACCGCAAAACGCUCUCUACUCCCUCAUCCCUCUCUCUCUCACAUUUCUCUCUCUAGGGUUUCUCUCUCUCUCCCUCUCUCCCUCUCUCUCUCUCUCUCUCGUCGAUCUCUAGCUUUCCUUCUAGGGCUUUUCCUUCAUUCGUACAUGACUUUGUUGCAUCGUGUACCAGUGGUGUAUCAGUCAGUGAGGUAUGCAUUAUCUUCGUAAAUUUUGUACCCUUCAUUUUCAAACACUAAAUCGCUCGAUUUCUUUGGAAUUUAUUCGGUUUCGGAUCAAUUCCUUGGGUCCCAAUGGUAUCAGUGAUGAACAGCGGCGAUUGUGAUCUAGAUAGGGGCUCUGAAGAGCCUCAUGUUAGAACUAGGGUUUCAGACGAUGGUGGUGUUGGUAGUUCUGACAGAGGCGCCUAUGGUGGCAUUGAUGUAGAGAAAUCUGUCAAUUUUUCUGUUUCGAAUGAGGGUAGGACUUUGCAUCGGUUCGAGAGUGAAGCUAACGCGGGCGGUACUGUUAGGUUUUUAGAUGAUCAUGUUAAUGUGCAUGCUGAAUUAGUUGAAUCGGAGAAUGAGGGAUCUGGGGGGGUGAGGGUUAGGGUUUCUGAUGGGAUUGUGAUUGAUGAUAGAGGAGUAGGUGGGGAAACGGAAUCUAGAGUUUUGGAGGAUAAGGUGGAAGGCAUGGUCUCGAGAGAUGGUUCUUAUCAACAAAAUGAUGGAAAUGAUGGGAUGGAAAGGGAGGGAGUGGUAAGGAGUGCUGGUACGUGUGACCCUUGGAAUGAUCGGACAAAGCUGAUGGUUUCACCUGUUGAAGCGGGGAAGUAUGCUGUUUCUCUGUAUGACUCUUCGUUAUCGAAGUUUGAUGAUUUUGUUGGGAAAGAGAACUGUGGUCUAGUGAAUAUGGGAGUGUCGAAUGUAGUGGGCUAUGGAUUUGAAGUAGGGGAUAUGGUGUGGGGGAAGGUGAAGUCUCACCCAUGGUGGCCAGGGCAUAUUUUUAAUGAAGCUUUUGCAAGUUCUUCAGUACGGAGAGCAAGAAGGGAGGGUCAUGUGUUGGUUGCUUUUUUUGGCGAUAGUAGCUAUGGAUGGUUUGACCUGGCUGAACUUAUACAUUUUGAUCCCAAUUAUACUGAGAAAUCACGGCAGAUGACUUCAAGAAACUUUGUGAAGGCAGUUGAAGAGGCUGUUGAUGAGACAAGUCGGAGAUCUAGUCUUGGUUUGGCAUGCCGCUGUAGGAACCCCUAUAAUUUUAGACCCACAAAUGUUUUGGGAUACUAUGCAGUUGAUGUGCCUGAUUAUGAGCCUGGAGGGAUUUAUUCAGCAAGUCAAAUUGGAAAGGCAAGAGAGAGUUUUCGUCCAGGUGAGACUCUUUCUUUCUUAAAGCAGUUGGCAAUGACACCCCAGUGGAUUGAGGAAAGUAGCAUUGACUGGAUUAAGAAUAAGGCUACAGUUCUUGCUUACCGCAAGGCUGUGUUCGAGGAGUUUGAUGAGACUUAUGCUCAGGCGUUCGGCAUGCAACCAGUAAGACCUCAUCAACCAACAAUUGCAUUGGAUCAAUCCCUUAAAGAACCAGCUCGAGCUCCUUUGAGUGGUCCACUGGUCAUGGCAGAAGCUCUUGGUGGUGGGAAGAGCUUGACCAAGCCUGUGAAAGUCAAGGACCAAUCAAAGAAAGACAGAUAUCUUUUCAAACGGAGAGAUGGGCCUAACGACUCAAAAACCCAUCAAAUCAGACAAGGACCUGCUAGAUCUUCUGCGCAAUCAUCUUAUGUCCAGGGUUCAACAUUAGCUUCUGGGGACUUUGUGUUCCAAAAGAGAGCUCCUGAUGCUUCUACAAAUUCUCAAAUUGUGUCUAGCUGCGAGCGGGCUGUGGAUAUCAACAGGGAUAGUGCUGCAGUUCUGGCUCAAGAUGUACCUGUCAAAGAAGCUGUAAACCUAGACAAGAGACCUGUAACGGCUGCUUCGGAGGUCAGCAAAAGUAAGGUUGACUCCUCGACCAGUUCUGUUAAUUUUCCAACUGAACAUUCUUCCUCGCCUCAAAGUUCUACUACAGUUGCGGUUUCACCUCUUGAUAUGGGGAAGGGUGCUUCACAGGAAUCAAAAGAGAGGAUUGAACUACACAUGGUUGCAGAUCCCACAGGCACAGUUGGGUCCAUUCUUUCAGUUGAACAGGCAUUUCUGAGUGCAGCAGAUGGUUCACCACACAUUGUUCAGCAGCAAGGUGACUUAAAAUAUGAGUGUGCAAAAGCAGCUUCUAAAGCUAGUGGAGUUUUUGAGCAAUCUAAUCAGAGCUUGCCAGUGAGAGUGGAGGAACACCUUGCACCAAAUAAUGUUCAGGAUGGACAGAAAGGUGCACAACUCGUAAAGCUUCCCUCUGAGGAUCUAAAAGUUAUUGAUGGAGGGGUGAAGGCUAAAGUUCUUAAGCGGCCUGUAGGGGACUUGGGCUCUGCCAAGGCUAUUCCUGGGGAUAAAAAGAAGAAAAGGAAGAGAGAAUUUGGUUUGGAAACAGGCCCUCUUCAUCCUCAGAAAGAGACAGCAACUGGGAGAUGUGGAGUGGCAGUUGGAAAAUUAUCAGGAAAAUCCAUUCAGGAUGGUUCAACUCCUAGAGAGGAUAAUCAGGUUGAUAUUCCAAAGAAAGAUGGGGUUGGUAGUUUCAUGUCUGAUUCUGCUGGGAUUGUUGGCAUGGGUAAUAGUGAAACUGAACUACCACAAUUGCUAAGUGAUUUGCAUGCUCUUGCUCUUGAUCCCUUCCAUGGUGUUGAAAGAAAGUGUCCAGCAACCGCUAGACAUUUCUUUUUGCGAUUUCGGUCUCUUGUCUACCAGAAAAGUUUGGUUUUGCCUCCAGCAGAGACAGAACCUCCUGAAGUUCGUGCCUCUAAACUUUCAGUGGGUCCUCGCUCUUCCGACAAUCCUCCUAGUGAGAAUCUGAAAGAUAUGCCAUCUUCGAAACCCCCAAGACCACUGUUCAGAACUGAUGAUCCAACAAGAGCUGGUCGGAAACGUGGUCCAUCAGAUCGCCAAGAAGAAAUUGCUGCAAAGAAGUUAAAGAAAAUGAAGGAGCUGAAAUCCUUGGCUGCUGAGAAGAAGGCCAGCCUAAAGCAUCCAGAAGUCCAACGGGGAGAGGGAAAAGAAACGAGUGCUUCAGCACCAGUAAAGCAAGCCAAAGCAGAUACUGCCAAGAAAAUGGGGCCUCCAGUAAAGGCAACUGAUCCCACGAUGCUGAUCAUGAAGUUCCCUCCUCGAACGUCCCUUCCAUCGGUCAUGGAGUUGAAGGCAAGGUUUGCACGUUUUGGACCCUUGGACCACUCAGCCACCCGUGUUUUCUGGAAGACCUCCACUUGCCGAAUUGUGUUUAUGCACAAGGUUGAUGCACAGGCAGCAUACAAAUAUGUUGCUGGAAACAACUCCCUUUUUGGCAAUGUUGCUGUUAAAUACUACCUCAAAGAUCUGGAAGCUACGGCGCCUGAGUUACCAGAAUUGGGCAGAGGUCGAGCAGAGGACACUUCCAGUGAGAUCCUGCAGCCUAGAGAUUCUGGAAUUGAACAACGGCUGCCUUCGACACCCCUGCACCAGCCAACUCGACAGCCAGCAGUCCAGCUGAAGUCGUGUUUGAAGAAAUCAUCAGGGGAAGAGGCAGCAGGGCCAGGGGUAGGACCAGGGCCGGUCACUGGUGGUGGCAGUGGCAAUGUAAGAGCGACCCCGCGUGUAAAAUUCAUGUUGGGUGGGGAGGAAAGUAGUAGGGGGGAGCAAUUGAUGGUUGGUAAUAGAAACAACUACUUCAACAAUGCUAGUUUUGCAGAUGGUGGUGCAUCUUCUUCUUCUUCUUCUGUUGCAAUGGAAUUUAAUAGUAAGAACUUUCAAAAGGUUAUUCCUCCUCCAUCUCCGCAGCCUAUUCUCCAAUUUCCUCCAUUUUUGAAAGCUCCAAAUAAUUUGCAUCACAUGGAAGUAUUGCCCAGAAAUAACAAUUAUAAUGCUGCUCCCCUUGCAUCGCCGCCGCCUCCUCUUCCUCUUCAUAUUCCUUUACCUCCGAGCGCGACCCCUGUUGACAUUUCACAGCAGAUGAUAGGCCUUCUAACGCGGUGCAAUGAUGUAGUAACCAAUUUGAAGGGCUUUUUAGGCUACAUACCCUACCAUCCCCUAUGACCAAGGCAGCAACUGAGACCAAAAACGAGGACAAAAUGCUCAAUGUGAACGAACCCCCCAUUCUGAAUCCAUCAGCAUGUGAUGCCGAUGCCGAUGCCGAUGCCAAAUUUUAGAUUUGGUAAGAGCGAGCGCGUGGCUUUAGAAAGAAAGAAGGCCAUUGCGAGUAGAAAAGAAGCCUUUUUUAUUGUUUGGGGGGGGGGGGAGGAGAUGGAAAAAGUUGAUAUUGUAAUUUAGAGAGAGGAGGGACGCUCCGAAAUCCCAUACCAAAAAGAGCGAUUGUAUACGAUGUGGGAGUGGGUUGACGUUGAAGAAGGUUGGUGCCCAUCUUCCUCUAUUUUGUGUUAUAUUGUUUUCAUUUUGAGUUUUAUUUUUCUUUUUAAUUUAUAAGCGCAUUCCCCACUGCCCAACAUUUCAUGUAGCUUUUAUUAAAGAAAGUCUUCUUUAGUUUAGUAGCGAAGAUAUUACUUCAA